AUGUCUUUACCUGCCCUUCGAAUCCGAGGCACUUCGGUUGCUCUUCGUUCGUUGUCGAGAUGGUCGACGCCAAUUACGCUUCAAUAUGCGACGAGAAGAGCUCAAUCGUCUGCUACAUUAGACGUCCAGCAACGAUUGUUAUCGGCCCAUCUUCAAGAGGCUGACCCGGCCGUAUUCGAUAUCAUCGAAAAGGAAAAAGAUAGGCAAAAGCACUUCAUCAAUCUAAUUCCCUCCGAAAACUUCACUUCGCAAGCCGUUCUCGAAGCGCUAGGAAGUGUAAUGCAAAAUAAGUACUCGGAGGGAUAUCCUGGGGCGAGAUAUUAUGCAGGCAACGAAUUCAUCGACCAGUCCGAAAGACUAUGUCAACAAAGAGCUUUGGAGACAUUUGGCUUAGAUGAAAAGGAAUGGGGUGUCAAUGUUCAGCCACUCUCUGGUGCACCCGCAAAUCUAUACGUUUACUCGGCCUUGAUGGACACUCACGACCGGCUUAUGGGAUUGGAUCUUCCUCACGGAGGUCACCUCUCUCACGGUUACCAAACACCUACCAAGAAGAUCUCAGCCGUGUCCAAGUACUUCGAGACGGUCCCUUACCGGUUGAACGAAGAGACCGGCUUAAUCGACUACCAGAAGCUCGACGAAUUAGCUCAAGUAUACCGACCUAAGAUUAUUGUUGCCGGAGCCAGCGCCUACGGCAGGUUUAUCGACUACAAGGCUAUUAAGGAGACGUGCGAUAAGGUAAAUGCAUAUUUACUAGCCGACAUCGCCCAUAUCUCGGGUAUGAUUGCAGCCAAGGUUAUACCCAGUCCUUUUAGCUUUGCAGAUAUCGUAACGACUACGAGUCACAAGAGCUUACGCGGUCCCCGAGGUGCUAUAAUCUUCUUUAGAAGAGGCGUGAGAAAGGUUAACCCCAAGACCAAGGAGGAGAUAAAGUAUAACCUUGAGAAUCCUAUAAAUGCUUCAGUAUUUCCUGGUCACCAAGGCGGUCCUCAUAACCACACCAUCACGGCGUUAGCCGUUGCGUUAAAACAGGCGCAGACACCCGAGUUCCGAGCCUACCAGGAACAGGUCCUAGUGAAUUCACAGGCUCUCGCGAAUCGUCUAGGCGAAUCCAAAUCCAACGGCGGUCUCGGAUACAAGCUUGUAAGCGGCGGCACGGAUAACCACCUUGUACUUGUAGACCUGAAACCGCAGGGCGUCGAUGGUGCCCGCGUCGAGCGAGUGUUAGAGCUGGUCGGCGUGGCCAGCAACAAGAACACGGUCCCCGGCGACAAGUCGGCGAUGAUCCCCGGCGGCCUACGGAUAGGUACGCCGGCAAUGACGACACGAGGCUUCGUUGAGAGCGACUUUGUUAGAGUGGCCGACAUUAUCGACCGCUCCGUAGCCAUUGCCGCUAGGGUGGACAAGGCGGCGCGCACCGCGGCUGAGGAGAAGGGCGAGAAAUAUAAGCUUAAGUUCUUCUUUGACUACCUUGGCACCGGCGAAGAAGACUCCGAAAUUGUGCAGCUGCGCGCAGAGGUCUCCGACUGGGUAGGGACAUAUUCCCUUCCGUGGGAAGAGAGACAAUGA